UUUUUUAAUUUUUUAUUAUAUUUGUAUAUUUUAACAAAAUGCCACAAGUGCAGCCAAAAUUACGCAAGUUUUUUGACUAUCUGCAGGUGCGACAGCGCUUGGUACUCUGCGCCUUUGCCCUGUUGGCCAUUGUGAAUGCCUACAGCAUACGCCUGUGCUUGGACUUCUCGCUGAGCCGCAUUGCCAGGGACUGCAAUGAAUUGGCCGCUGUCCAAUUGGAAAAUGCGCCGAGUACGUGGCGAAAGGCUCCGAAGGUGAAUUCGGAUAGGGCGCAUGGUCGAUAUGCGGCGAAUAAGGUAUUGGCCGCUAUAAAUGCCUUUGCGGCGAAAUUUCACUCAACGGCGAAUAGUCCAUAUGCGUCGAGAAAUGUCCGUGAGGUGAGAAUCAAUCAAAGGGCAAGAGCUGGCCAUAAGGAGAAGCCGGCUCGUCCGACGCGACAGCCUCGCGACAGACAGACGAGACAAUCGCGUCGUUUGGCAAGGAAUGCUCCGACGCCCUCGUAUCCAAGGCAAAAGAGUGGCAUGUCAUGUGAGACACAGAUGUAUCAGCAUCCACGUCGAGAGCCGGAGCCCAUUACCGUGACUAACAGUGCCGACAUAUGGACCAAGGAGGUGCAGGUGCUGAUCACAAUAUCCUUCUAUGUGGGCUAUAUGAUCACCCACAUUCCGGGCGGACGGCUGGCGGAGCGUUACGGCGGCAAAUGGAUCUUGGGCGCUUCGAUACUAUCGUCGGGUAUCUUAACCCUGCUCACGCCCACAAUCGUGCGCCAUGGAGGACCCAAAUCAGUGAUGCUGCUGCGCAUGGUGAUUGGCCUAUUCGAGGGACCCACGUUUCCGGCUGUGAGCGCGAUGCUGGCCCAAUGGGUGCCGGAGAAGGAGCGCGGAAGGCUGUGCAGCUCGGUGCUGAGCGCCGGCGAAAUAGGCAUUAUAUUUAUGCACCUGGUCAGUGGGUUUACGAUCGACGAGCAGGACUGGGCAGUGGCCUUCUAUGUGGUUGGCAGUGGAGCGAUUCUCUGGUUCAUGGGCUUCGUUGUGGUCUGCUAUAGCAAGCCGGAUGACUCUCCGUACAUACAGAACAGCGAACGGGAGUAUAUCAAGAGUCAGGUAUGCGAAACACUGGAAACGGAGGCUGGCGAUGCCAAUGAGGCUGUGCCCUGGAGCAACAUGCUGAUGAAUGCACCCAUUUGGGCGCUGAUUGCGUCCAACAUGCAGCACGAUUGGAAUCAACAGGAGUUUGCCAAGGAGCUGGAGCAGAUGCUGCUUGACUUGGAGGCCAAGGGCAAAUCCUAUUGGAACGAAUUGGAGACCAGCAUUCGCCUGAUGGCGCCACAUCUCUACAGCUGGCUGGCCUCCCUCACAUCCGGCUCGUUCAGCGACUAUCUGAUUUCCGAGGGCAUCCUGAAUCGCACACAGACGCGUCGCCUAAUGUCCUGGCUGGUCUUCAUUAGCGUAACCAUGUAUUUCAUCCAUGACAAGGAGAGCUCGGCCCGACCUUGGAGCAUCCUGGCCUUUGGCGCCUAUUAUGCGGGCAUCAAGCUGCUGCCCCUGGACAUGAGUCCAAACUUUGCCGGCACCUUGAUGGGCAUCACCAAUGGAUUGGGUGCACUGCCCGGACUGGUGUUGCCCGUGCUGGAGAAACUGGAGGAGGAAUACGCCAUCAUUGGCAGCAUUCGAGCAACCUUGUGGUUUAUCUGUGCCGGCUAUAUAUCGGGCGAGGUGCAGUCCUACAAUCGAUUGGAGCCUACGGCAAAUCGUUCCUGAGCCCAAUUGUUGUUAUUGUUUUUCUUUUGUAGUUAGAAAUGUUUAUAAUUUUUUUAAA